AUGCUGAUUGUUGCUAAUCGUCUUUUUAUAGUAGAUUUACUAGCUACACAUGAGAAGAGGAAGAGAACUCAGUCUUUUAAACAAGACAUUAUAGACAAUUGCUCAAUGUCUCUAAUGAUGAAGGAAGAGUCGCCUUUCAUUACUACUACGGUGAUGGAUGACUCCAAAGCUCUUCUUUUUAAAGAGCUUACUUGCAAUGUCAUGCAGUCCUCCCAUGUUAUCAAAUGUUUACCAAAGGUUGAUCAUGAGCAACUUGAAAGGAAGAAAAUUACGUUGCCUAAAAAGACAAAUCUUGGAAAACAACAAUCCAAGAAAAGCGUAAGUGUUGAUCUCCGACAUAAAUGGAAGACUAUCAUCUUUGAUAUGGACGAGACCCUGAUUCAUAAGGUUGGAUCUCAAGAUUCCAAUAGGGAAGCAGACUUUUAUGUCACUGUCCCUACAGAAGAUCUCACAGGUUCUUAUAAGCUUGGAAUUAACAUCAGGCCGUACGCUGUUGAAUGUCUCGAAGAAGCAAAUAAAUAUUUUGAGGAAGUCAUCGUCUUCACAGCUGGGACUAAGAAUUAUGCAGACAGCAUCCUGGAUAUCCUAGACCCCCACAAAAACUUAAUCCAGCAUCGUCUUUAUCGUGAUAGCUGAAUUGCGGUAGAUUGAGAAGGAGCUACCUUCUAUAUUAAGGACUUGAGAAUUUUGGAGGAAAGAAAACUGAAAGAUAUGGUCAUCGUUGACAACUCAGUUAUCUCAUUUGCCUCCCAAAUUGAUAACGGUAUUCCUAUUCUUCCCUUUAAAGAGGAUAAGAACGACUGAGAGUUCCUCCAACUAAUGAAAAUAAUGGAAGAUAUCUCACUUGAAAAAGAUUGUAGAAAUUUCAUCAGGAACAAAUUCAAAAUUAGUGAUAUUGUCAGCACUGACACAGAUUCUUAUGCUCACCUCUACGAUAUGUCAGACUCGGAUGACGAUUCUACUGAAGAAGACUUGCUUGACUCUCUCCUUCAAUGAACGAGAACUUUGAGUAUGUCACAGAAAAGCAUCAAGGAGCCUAAGAAAAAGCUGAGGAAAUGCAAGAAACGCGCUAGACCCGCUGCUAAGAAAUUUAAAAAAGUACAAAGCUUCAGUGGUAAAAAUAUCCAUGACUGCAUUAAUGGCAUGAAUACCUAUAAUUUUCCUGAGAGCUCAAAAUGAGUUAUUCCAGGUGAAGCCCUAUCCCCAUUUGAAGUCAAUUAUGAAUUUCAGAAAGAUGAGGAGAAGAGUGUCAAACUUAGCUAGACACUUUAUUACUACAUAUAUUAUGAAAUUGGCUUAAAAUAUGGCUAUUACGUAUGUGGCCAUAUUUCCUUAACCACAAGGUUCCCUUCGUGGUAGGAAAAGUUAUUACUAAUUCAUAUAAAAUAACUUAUCGAUU